GGAAUACAUUGUGACAAGACGGAGAGACCGCAGAACGUUAAAGCGAGAGGAAAGGAAAGGAGCAUCCUGCAGCUUUGUCGGUGAAAAAAGAUCUUGACGCAACAGCUGAUUCAUCCUUCACCCGGACACAUCUGAGCAUCAGGACCCAAGCAACAGAAUCAUGCAGUGGAGGUGGAGGCACUGCUGUACAAGCAUAGCUGGAUUUCUAGUUUUGCUCUCGUGUGUGGGAGUGUUCCUCAUCAUCAGUGAAUACAGUUUGCUGGCAGGAAAGAAAGACCACCAGGAGAAUGAUGAAACUCUCACACCACAGAAACUGCCCCAGAAGGAGUUGAACCACAGCGCGACCAAGCAGAACAUGUGGAGAGAGGAAGCAACGUCCCCUUUUCCACCAAGGUCUGAGGGAAACCUCAGCUCCAUUCUGGCAGGCUCUCUUCCACAAGAGCUGAAGAACUCUGUGGAGUCUAUUGCUAGUUUCAGUGAGGAGAUAAUAGCAGAGAGUAUACUUAAGGUAGAACCCUACAACUACAUCAUCAAUGAAGAAGACAAGUGUCAGGAAAGAAAUCCUUUCUUAGUGCUACUGAUUACCACUGAACCCCAGAAUGUUCAAGCCAGGGAUGCCAUUAGGCAGACGUGGGGGAAUGAGAGCGUGGCUGAGGGCUUGGGAUUUGUGCGGCUCUUCCUUAUGGGCACGAGAGAAGGACUUGCCAACCAACUGCAGCGCUCCAUAGAGGCAGAGUCUCAACAGUAUCAUGACAUUAUCCAGCAAAAUUACAUAGACUCGUAUUACAACCUUACCAUCAAGACACUAAUGGGAAUGCAUUGGAUAGCAACGUACUGCCCAGGGGCCAGUUACGCUAUGAAGACGGACAGUGACAUGUUCAUUAAUACAGAAUACCUCAUCCAAAAACUUCUCAAUCCAAGCCUUCCGCAAAAACGAAAGUAUUUCACUGGGUACCUCCUGAAAGGUGAGCCCCCAAUCAGACAAAAUGACAGUAAGUGGUACAUGUCGCCGGAGCUGUACCCCGGCAACCUGUACCCUACUUUUUGCUCAGGAACUGGAUAUGUCUUCUCGGGCGACCUGGCAGAGCUGAUCUACAGGACUUCUCUGAGCAUAAGAAGGCUGCAUCUUGAGGAUGUUUACGUAGCGAUCUGCCUGGCAAAACUGGGAAUAGAGCCAGUUCCUCCGCCUAACAAAUUCCUGUUUAAUUUCAAGCGGGUCCCAUACUCCAGCUGCAAAUACAGCAAUCUGAUAACCUCUCAUGGGUUCCUUCCCACUGAGAUUAUAAAGCACUGGCAGGACCUACAGAGGGACAAGCACAAUGCCUGCGACAAUACAAGUUUGCAGGCUUAGCCAAAAACAACUGGAACUGGAACACCUCUGGAAAAUUUUCAUCGGAACUAGGGCUGGGUGAUACAGAAAGAAAUCUUACCACGAUAAUUCACAUUUAUCAUAUCAGUCAAUAUUGAUAUAUAUCAUCAUAGAAAUCAAAUCACUGUUUCUGUUACACUUAAAGGUUCCUUUUUUCCUCA